UAUAUGCCUUUAGGCUUUCCCGCUUUCACCUGGCUCAGUUAGUACUAACCCUAGAAAUUGGAAAAAUAAAUAACAUUUCCCAAAAAAAAGCAGAGAGAGAAUGUCGAUGUGGGAGGGGAACACGAGGAUCAUCACGAUCGAGCCGGAGAAGCAAACACUUCUCGACAGCCACAAGGAGAAACACUUCACGGCCGGUGACGUCGUGCGUGACGUCAUCAUAGGAGUCUCCGACGGUCUGACGGUUCCCUUCGCCCUUGCCGCCGGUCUCUCCGGCGUCAACGCCUCCUCUUCCAUCGUCCUCACCGCCGGCUUCGCCGAGGUCGCCGCCGGUGCCAUCUCCAUGGGUCUCGGCGGGUACUUGGCGGCCAAAAGCGAAGCGGAACACUAUGCGAGGGAGCUGAAAAGAGAACAGGAAGAGAUCCUCACCGUUCCUGAUACAGAAGCGGCCGAGGUGGCAGAGAUUUUGGCUAAUUACGGGAUAGAGCCACAUGAAUAUGCACCUAUUGUCAACGCCCUCCGAAUGAACCCUCGAGCCUGGCUUGAUUUCAUGAUGAGAUUCGAACUGGGACUGGAGAAACCCGAUCCACAAAGAGCGUUUCAGAGCGCGUUCACAAUCGCAAUCGCCUACGUGGUAGGCGGUGUCGUACCGCUGUUCCCGUACAUGUUCGUGGCACGAGCCACGGAGGCAGUGGUCGCGUCGGUGGUCAUAACGUUGGUGGCUCUGCUUGUCUUCGGCUACGGAAAGGGCCGUUUCACCGGCAGCCAACCCUUCAGAAGCGCAUUUCAGACCGCCUUUAUAGGUGCCAUCGCCUCGGCCGCGGCCUUUGGUCUGGCCAAGGUCGUUCGGCAUUAAUGUCAUAUCACCACAUGCAUCUUUAAUCUUCUGUACUCUUUCUAACAUCGAAUGAAUAAAAAAGCUGGACAUAUUUCCUUGCUUGUUUCCUAAUAUUGGAAUAUAUCA